AAGACGAGUCACUGUGACGGAACUCCUGUCUGCGCCGCUGCAUAACGUCAGUGUUUCAGGACUGAUGAUGUUGAUCGUGUAACUUUAUCUGAUGAUGAUGUCGAUCAACAAACACACGUAGCGGCUGAGGUUGGUCGCUGCUGUGCCGAGUUCAGCUUCCUGUUGUUAGAGUCAAAGUUCAUGUGAACAGCUCAGACUGGUCCAGACGCGUCAUGGGCAAUGGGAUGAAUAAGGUCGUUGACGGACUCUACCUGGGGAAUAUAAGAGAUUCAGAGAACAGGGACAGUCUGUCGAAGAAUGGAAUCACCCACAUCCUGUCUGUGUACAACAAUGCCAAACCUGUGUUUGAGGACAUGACAUAUCUUUGUAUUCAUGCCGCAGAUGCUUCCAGCGAGAACUUAUCACAGCAUUUUAAAAGGUGCAUCAGCUUCAUCCAUGAAUGUCGCCUGGAUGGUGGAUCGUGUCUCGUUCACUGUCUGGCAGGUGUAUCCCGCAGCACCACCAUGGUGGUGGCCUACCUGAUGACUGUCACAGACUGCAGCUGGGAUGAGUGUCUGUCUGCAGUCAAGGCCGUUCGCUCUAUUGUCGGCCCAAACUACGGCUUCCAGCAGCAGCUGCAGGAGUACCAGCAGACGCAAGUCUUAGAGAACCGAACAUGGUUACAGUCCGGUUUCCGUCCCAGUCCAUUCAAUGACCAGGAGCAGGUGGAAGCCCUCCUGAGCCAGUACAGAGAGCAGCAGGCGAGCCAGAGGAGCGGAGACGAUCAGCGCUCGAUAAAUCGUGGUAUAGCUGUCUGUUCUCUGCCGUCUGUUGCUGAUGAUCAUGAAGGCAGCAAAUGAAACACGCCAAAGUCCUCCUGCCCGGUUCUGCCUGGAAAAAGGCAGCAGCUAUUAUUCUGUUCUCAAUUCCAAAUCAACCCUUAAAAUAUAAUUCGAUCAAAGGCAUUUGUAUGAAUGCCCCCUUAUGAGCCAAGCUUUUUUUUUUGCUUUUUUUUUGUAACAUUUUAUUUGAAUCGCCCAUAGUCGACUUGACGCCAUGGAGGCUGAUUUAGAAUUGAUCAACAAUCUCCUUUUCACUAGCUGUACCUCCCAUGCUCACUUACCUGAGUACAGCCACAAUAUCAGUGCUCACUGACGCCUUAUUCUCAACACCUCAGCACCUUAGCCAUGAUGAAUACACUACACUCCCAUGUGGGCACAUCACACCUGCAGCAUUCAGCUUGGUAGCCUUAAAGAUGUGACUGAUUAUUAAUGGAGUCCUAAAGAAACGUUUUGCCUCCAAUUUGCCAGAUUGACGGCAUUAGAUUGAUUCAUCCUACUGAGAGCAGUCCUAUUGCUUGAAAAGAUUGACACUGCACGUACUGAUCCACUCGUGGAGUGCAUACCUCCCCGAAGGCUUUAAAUGCUAUCAAGCUGGACCAAACUGCACACUCUCAUAGGAGGCAAUAACCAAGUAGGAUUAUAUUUGCUGGCCACUUACAGAGAUUACAACAACCAUAAAUACAUUCUCACCACACAUCACUGCCAUGUAAUAAACAGCGUUUGUUCUCACCUAGUUAGUUACUGUACUUGAUAUCUGAUUACACUGGGCAAACUUUUUAAAGUAAACUAUCAUGUAAAGAGCAUUGGUUGCUCAUCUUUUGAGGCUUUGUAAAGACACACACAUAUGAAGGUGAAAGGUUACAGUAAUACAUAACGGGUUAAACAGAGGAGCUACAUGAAGCACAGCUGCAUCAAUCUAUAACCACACAUGAAGGAUCUCUGCAAGUCUUCCUGAUGUUAAUGAAGCUCUGAUUUAUCUUUUUUUUUGUGACUAAAUUGAUUUGUGUUAUAAUUUCCUGAGUAUUGUCAGUUUUUUUGUGUGUUUUAAUGUCAGGUUUGUGUUGUUUGUUUUAUAAUACGAUGCAGUGAUUGAUAAAAAUAUGGAAAUGGAAAUAAAUCUGUAAUAAAUAA